AUGGGUCGGAGACGUCUUGCUGGUGUCGCUCUCGCAGCGUACCUGGUGUCAGCAGUAUUCGGGUACGGCACCACAGUUUCAAUAGCUGUCAGCUAUUGUCCGGCUACCUACACGAGCUCGACAACAUCGCUGAUCAGAAAUGCGACCACAACCAGCAUUACAUCUUCGACCCCCAGUUCUAACCCAAUUGUACUUGCGAUCUUGAAGAGUUCAGGUGGUCAACCUCAAUAUGUGGCCGCCGAUGGCACACUCACAAAUGAUUCAACGCUGGCUGUUGACUUCAUAAUCAACCCGACAGGCCAGCUUAUGGGCGCUGGAGGAUAUAUCUCGACUGAUGGAAAUGAGACAUCAGCGACAUUCGGAGUCUCCCCUACCGUUGGACCGAUUUCUACUGUCUUCUCCCUUGUCAGCAACGACACUCUAGGACAGCGAGAUGAAACGGCCUCUGCCAAAAUCUUGGUUUGGAGGAACCGUGCGUUUAUUGGUGGUGAGGCAAUCUUCUGCAUCUUCGGCUCGAUUCUUGAAGUGGCCUUUGGCGGAGAAGCGCCAGCGGGCUGUAUUGAAGUCGUGCUUGGUGCGAUCCCUGUCAGUAGUUUGCCCAGCACAUCUUCAACCACGACUGCUUCGCAAUCUAGCAUGACCACAGGAUCAGGUGUUUUCACCAACACCAUAACGUCGACGAUCUUAGUGAUCCCUACAACAACUGUCUCAUUUCUAAGCCAUACGACAGAACCGAGUCAGUUAUCGUCUGACGUCGGCCAUAUGUCAAGUUCUCUGUUUUCGCCGAGUUCACCAAGCUACGGGAGUUUCACGACAAGCCCGGUAGUGAGCUCGGGCGCGGCGACUUCUCGAGUGAUUCAGACAACCAACAUGGGGUCAACACUAUCGCCUGCUUCAUCAUCAUCGCCCUCAUCAAACAGACCCUCUUCAGCGCCGAUGUCUUCAACCACUCCAGGAUAUCCUGCUCCAACUACUACCGGAACUCCAAAUUGCUAUGAUCGUUCGCCAUACGACGGCACUGUGAACGAUGAUUACUUGAUUCUCUGCGACACCGAUCUAUCCGGAUAUGACCUUGAGAGAGUUGCUGCAUCCAACAUUGCCGAGUGCAUUGAUCAGUGCAAUUCUUACAUCCCAUCGUCCGAAGGUCCCUGUGUCGCUGUUGCCUUUGAUAUCCUCGCACAAGCUAACCCAUGUUCCCUCAAAUACAACAUCAGUGAAGUGUACAAGGGUGCCGAUGAAUUCUCCCAAGCUGCUGUCCUGGUAAAUCAACCGUACUCUCCCGAGGUCGUAUUCGCGGACACCAGCAUUUCGAGCUCUACUUCUGGCACUGAGGCAUUCUCGACUACACCGCCACCUGAGACCACGACAACUGCGCUGAUGUCCAGCCCCAGUCCAAUUUCUUCCAUCAGCAUCGAGCCUCCUCCUGUGUCGAGUACUACUUCAGCAAUUCCCAACACAAUCAGUCUUACCAGCCCAGGUACAUCUAGCCAGCAACAUACUUCCUCGCUCGCUACCAGCGCAGCCCAAAGCAGUCCAGGCGUCGCCUCAUCCACCACUGGUCGCAACACAUCCCCGAGCCCUGGCACGAGCUCCCCCACGUCAGCAGGAACCGCUUUGUCGUCCACCACGUCGCCCGGAUCCGCUCAACAACCAUCUAGUACUGCAACAAGCACUGGUCAACAGCAAUCUAGCAGCCUCUCUAGCUCCAGGCCGUCGUCCAGCUAUGUGGCUAGCCCUCAGACACCAUCUACCACAUCGCCAGUCGCGACGAGCACUACCACCGUGCUGCAAUCAACACCAAGGCCUGCAUCUAGCAGUCCAACGACGUCGAGAUCGAGCACGUUCGCCGUCACGACCGUCCUUUCCACUAUAUCGUCGUCCUCGCUGACGACAGGGAUUCCCACCUCGACCACUACACUUCCGUUGUCUACCACGACAACACCAUCGUAUUGCUCCGCCAGCCCCACCACGACAGCCCUCUGCCCGACUUACAGCCAUCAGGCGUUGAAUGUGAACGGCGAUGGCUCCUGCUACGAAGUCGAAUGCUCCACAGCCCUCCAGGGCAACAUCUUGAACGGGAACUCGACCACCGCCUCCUCCCUCAAGACUUGUAUCAGCUACUGCACGCUGUACAACGUUGCCAUACCGUACGGCUGCGUCGGCGUGAAUUUCUUGGGCUCCCUGGCCGGAAGCAGCCCGAACUGUAUCCUUAUGUCUGGCGUCUCCAGCACAACAUCCGGUUCAGGCAUUGAUUUCGGCUCGACUCUUGUACCCAGGCUACCCUGCUAUCUCGGACCCCGUGUACGCAACUACCAGUACUACUGCCACUAG